UCAUUAUCUUUGGCAGACAUGAGCUAAAGACUAAUCUGUUUUUACAGACUGGCAUCCUUUGGGUCUGCCUCUUGCAGAAAUUAAAAUACUUCCCAGCCAUUUCUACAAUUGAAUCUUCACAAUAAGAAACGAACGGAAGCAGGCCAUGCCUGAACCCGUUACUUUGUGCAGUAUUAAGAAAAUCGGAGAAGACAACCAUGCCUUCGAGUCAGAAGAAUCCUGUAAUGGCAUCAGCAAACCAGAGUAUUUCUAUACGACGAAAGGUAUUGCUUCAAAGGACAAUGCAAAGGAGAAGAAGAUAUCAGACAAGAAAAAGAGUGAAAUUCGAGUUGGCUUCUUCCAGCUGUUUAGAUUUGCUUCUUUAUAUGAGAAACUGCUGAUGGUUUUGGGUGGCAUCUGUGCCGUUCUUCAUGGAAUAGCCCAGCCAGCAAUGCUGUUUGUCUUCGGGAUAAUGGCAGACACAUUCAUUCAAUAUGAUAUCGAAAAGCAAGAGCUCAGCGACCCAAACAAAGCAUGUGUAAAUAACACUAUAGUGUGGAUCAACAGUUCCCAUCACCACAAUGACAGUAAUACAUCAAUAAGUUGUGGGUUGCUGGACAUUGAACAGGCAAUGACCUAUUUUGCAAGCUACUAUGCAGGAAUUGGCUGUUCUGUCUUUUUACUUGGAUAUAUGCAUAUUUGCUUAUGGGUAAUAGCAGCUGCUCGUCAGACACAGCGAAUCAGGAAAACCUAUUUCAGGAAAAUAAUGAGGAUGGAAAUUGGCUGGUUUGACUGCACCUCAGUGGGGGAGCUCAAUACACGCAUUUCUGAUGACAUUAAUAAAAUAAAUGAUGCUAUUGCUGAUCAAGCAUCAAUCUUUAUCCAGCGCUUCACCACCUUUGUUUGUGGAUUCCUGUUAGGAUUUGUCAGAGGCUGGAAACUGAGCUUGGUUAUUAUUGCCGUCAGUCCACUAAUUGGGAUUGGAGCUGCCAUAAUGGGCCUGGCUGUGGCAAAGAUGACAGGUCUAGAAUUAAAGGCUUACGCAAAAGCUGGAGCCGUGGCUGAUGAAGUACUCUCAUCCAUCAGAACAGUGGCUGCUUUUGGAGGAGAAAGAAAAGAGGUUGAAAGAUAUGACAAAAAUCUAGUGUAUGCCCAAGCCCAGGGAAUUAGAAAAGGAAUGAUAAUGGGAUUUUUCACUGGCUUUAUCUGGCUCACCAUUUUCCUGUGCUAUGCGCUAGCCUUCUGGUAUGGCUCAAAACUUGUCCUUGAGGAGGAGGAGUAUUCUCCUGGUACGCUUCUACAGGUUUUCUUCGGCGUUCUAGUAGGUGCCUUAAAUCUUGGCCAAGCUUCCCCUUGUUUGGAAGCAUUUGCAACAGGCCGAGGGGCUGCAACAAAUAUUUUUGAAACUAUAGAUAAAAAACCUACCAUUGAUUGCAUGUCAGAGGAUGGCUACAAACUGGAUAAAGUCCGGGGUGAAAUUGAAUUCCAUAAUGUAACAUUCUACUACCCAUCCAGACCUGACGUCAAGACUUUAGACAAACUCAACAUGAUUAUCAAGUCAGGAGAAACGACGGCUCUCGUAGGCCCUAGUGGAGCUGGGAAGAGUACUACAGUGCAGCUUAUUCAGCGAUUCUAUGACCCUAAGGAAGGCAUGAUUACUUUAGAUGGACACGACAUCCGCUCACUUAAUAUCCAGUGGCUGCGAUCUUUGAUUGGCAUCGUUGAACAGGAGCCAGUUCUGUUUGCUACCACCAUUACAGAGAACAUCCGCUAUGGUCGGGAAGAUGCAACCUUGGAAGACAUCAUUAAGGCAGCCAAAGAUGCCAACGCCUACAACUUUAUCAUGGAUCUGCCUCUGCAAUUUGACACCCUUGUUGGAGAAGGUGGUGGCCAACUGAGUGGAGGCCAGAAACAACGAAUCGCUAUUGCCCGAGCCUUAGUUCGAAACCCCAAAAUCCUGCUACUGGACAUGGCUACAUCAGCACUGGACAAUGAAAGUGAAGCUGUAGUGCAAGAGGCACUUCACAAGGCUCGCCUUGGAUGUACAGUAAUCUCCAUAGCUCAUCGCUUGUCUACAGUCAGAACUGCUGAUGUCAUCAUUGGUUUUGAGCAUGGCAGAGCGGUAGAAAGAGGGAAACAUGAGGAGCUGAUGGAACGAAAAGGGGUUUACUUCACACUGGUGACUUUGCAAAGCCAGGGAGACAAGGAGCACGCUGAAACAGCAGUACAGGUGUUGGAACCAGAACUGGAGGCAGUGCCAUCUUUCAGCAGGGGAAGCUAUCAGAACAGCUUGAGAGCUUCCCUCCGACAGCGUUCCAGAUCUCAGAUGUCCAGUGCACUACCUGAGCAUCCAGGGUCACUUGUAGGAGCUAAUUCACAGCAUAUCUAUAGCACAAAUCAGUAUGAAAAAGAUGGCACACCCAUUGAAAAGGAGCUGAUUCCGGAAGAUGAGGAAGAAGUAAAACCCACGAAUGUGUUGAGGAUCCUGAAAUACAACGCUUCUGAGUGGCCCUAUAUGGUGCUGGGAUCCUUUGGAGCUGCUGCCAACGGGGCCGUCAACCCACUGUAUGCCAUCCUGUUCAGUCAGAUUCUUGGUACCUUUUCUAUGCCCGACGAGGAAGAGCAAAGAUCACAGAUCAACGGCAUCUGCCUGCUCUUUGUAUUUGUUGGAUUGGUGUCAUUUUGCACGCAGUUCUUGCAGGGAUACACAUUUGCAAAGUCUGGUGAGCUGCUGACAAGACGGCUCAGAAAAAUUGGUUUCCAGGCUAUGCUAGGCCAAGAAAUUGGCUGGUUUGAUGAUCACAGGAACAGCCCGGGUGCCUUGACUACAAGACUAGCCACUGAUGCAUCUCAGGUUCAGGGGGCAGCCGGAACCCAGAUAGGAAUGAUUGUGAACUCCCUGGCCAAUAUCGGAGUGGCCGUCAUCAUUGCUUUCUACUUCAGCUGGAAGCUCAGCUUAGUCAUCACCUGCUUCUUGCCUUUCUUGGCUUUAUCCGGCAUGGUGCAGGCUCAGAUGCUGACAGGGUUUGCCUCUCAGGACAAGCAAGCCAUGGAAGCCACUGGGAGGAUUUCAAAUGAAGCCCUUACAAAUAUCAGGACUGUAGCUGGAAUUGGGAAGGAGAAGAAGUUCAUAGAAGCAUACGAGAAACAGCUGGAGAUGCCAUACAAAGCAUCAAUCAAAAAGGCAAACGUUUAUGGAGCCUGCUUUGGGUUUGCACAGUGCGUUGUGUUUAUAGCCAAUUCUGCCUCUUAUCGGUAUGGAGGAUUUUUAGUUGAAAAUGAAGGUCUUCACUACAGCUAUGUAUUCAGAGUGAUCUCCUCCAUUGUGACAAGUGGAACUGCUUUAGGAAGAGCAUCCUCUUACACACCUAAUUAUGCCAAAGCCAAAAUAGCUGGAGCACGCUUUUUCCAGCUAGUGGACCGGAUUCCCCAAAUCAGUGUAUACAGUGACAUCGGAGAAAAAUGGGAUAUUUUCAGCGGAAGCAUUGAAUUUCUGAAUUGUAAGUUCACAUAUCCGACUCGCCCUAACAUCAAAGUGUUAAAUGGCCUCUCAGUGUCCGUGAAGCCUGGCCAGACCCUUGCCUUUGUGGGCAGCAGCGGAUGUGGAAAAAGCACCAGUGUCCAGCUUCUGGAGCGAUUUUAUGACCCUGAGGAAGGAACAGUGUUGAUCGAUGGACACGACACCAAGAAAGUCAACGUGCAGUUCCUCAGAUCUAAAAUUGGAAUUGUGUCUCAGGAGCCUGUGCUCUUUGACUGUAGUAUUGCUGACAAUAUUAAAUACGGCGAUAACACCAGAGAAAUUUCUAUGGAAAGCGUGAUAGCGGCAGCCAUGAAGGCUCAGCUGCAUGACUUCGUCAUGUCCCUUCCCGAUAAAUAUGAAACUAAUGUUGGGGCCCAAGGAUCGCUACUCUCUCGUGGACAAAAGCAGCGCAUUGCUAUAGCCCGGGCCAUUGUCCGAGAUCCCAAGAUCUUACUAUUAGAUGAAGCGACAUCUGCAUUGGAUACCGAAAGUGAACAGACCGUACAAGCUGCGCUAGAUAAAGCCAGAGAAGGCCGGACCUGCAUCAUCAUAGCCCACCGCUUGUCCACCAUCCAGAAUUCUGACACCAUCGCGGUCAUGUCACAAGGAAGAAUCAUUGAAAAGGGCACGCAUGAGGAACUGAUGGUGCAGGAAGGGGCAUACUACAAGCUGGUCACCACGGGGGCUCCCAUUAGUUGAGCUGCAAGUUUGCUCUGAGAUGCAAUUUCUGUCAUAUUUGAGGACUGGUAUGACUGCUAUGAAUAUAUCAUGUUUAUGUUGCACAGAGGACAAUGUGCCUUUGCGGGCAAGUAUUGUACAGUGAACGCAAACUCCUAUUAGCCAGCUUAUGACUAAUUUCUUUGGUCCCACCACUGCAUUUUUUUUCUCUUUUGGAAGAAAGGCAACCGGCUCACAACCUUGGGUUCAAAGUGAAGCUUCCACUUGAUGUUGUGGGGAAAUGUGGCAUCCCGCCUCAGUGCUAGUUGUGACAGUGGAAAGACCCAGUCCCAAGCAUGAGGGAAGCUUUGGAAGCAGGCUGGGCACAUUGAGAGAGAAGACUAUUUUGCACCUGACUAUUCCAUAUAUAGCAUCUUCAAAGGCAGUUUUGUGGGGAGCAAGUUCUGAAACUGUGACUCUAUUCCCCACCCACUGGGCAAGGGGCACAUUGUGUGCAGCCAACAUGGGAAACGUGGAUUUGCAGGCGCCUCCUACUGAAGCCCAGCUUAUUGCACUGGCUAGAUCUGUCUUGAUGUAGAGAUACACAGAGCACAGCACCACCAAAGGCCAUGAACGGGGCUACAGCUCGAUCAGAACUACUGUACUGAAUGAAGCAACGUCCAAGUCUUUGAUGUGCGAGCAUGAAAGGAAUUGCACAAUGGUUUACACAGCUGUCCUGCAACUGCCAGAGAACCUGCUGAGGACAAAAAAAAGAGGUCCCUCUUGUUUAUUGUCUCAUCAUGAGAGAGACCAGCAAGUAAUUUUAUGAAAAAAGACUUUUUUGCAGGUGUACACUAGCAAUAGAGUGAGCCCAGCUCCAGUCAAGACCAGCUGCCACAGCUUUCUGCAGUGAUUAGAUGUAGAAAAGCAUCAUAGCAGGAAACAUUCUCAUACUUUUGUCCAGGGUUAUCUUGACCUACUCUUCUGGUGUCAAAACAACCGGUUCUAGGCAUAUCUUUUACAUAUUCUGCGUUCUUGGCAGAGGUUUAUUUUAUGUUUUCUCUUAUGUCUCUCUGAUAGAACCCUAAGUAACUGUCCCUAGUUGUGUUUGGUCAUCAGGAGAAUUUUAUUUUCUUCAAACCACAGGAAACACUCUUACUAGCAGAAGCUCAUCAGGAUUAACUAACGGAGUAAUCCAGCCAGAGUUCAUGUGUUCUCUAAGGUCAUUCUGCAGCUGUUCUGGAUACUUGGUUUUAAAUAAACAGACUCUGGGCAUCACAACUUUAUCUGGCCAGCAGCAUCUGCUCUAUUGGAGGCCAUCCCCAGUCCUGCUACCUGAUUUAAUAGGAGAUUUCCAGGAAUUGAACUUGGAACUGUAUCUACUGAAAGCACAUGUGCCACAACCAGCCUAUGGCUCCUCUUGCAAAAGCGUUAAGACUGCACCCCUUCAUUAUGUGGGUUCGUCAGACAAUCUCUGCUAGCUGCCACCAACCAGAAUGCACCUCUUGGCAUAUCCUCUUCCACCCCCUGCUUGAACUGCUGCCGAGCCAAAUUGCCAGGGUCUCCUCCCUUCAGCCCAGGCCUCACGGGGAAAAGGUGUUUUGGGUUUUCCUUCCUAACCUUUCCAAAAUUCUACAUCUCUGAAAACAGAAAAUGGAGCUUUACAACUAUGCAGUAUUUCAUAUAGUGGGGAGUUUAAUGAGAAAAUCCUUUUAAGAAAUAGCACUGGGAACUAUCCAAACACAAGCUGGAGUUUAUUUCGGAAAAAGGAGAAACACAGGAGUGAAACAUGAAUAGCCUCAACCACACAUAGAAAUAAAAUCAAAAGAUCAGUCUAGUGAUAUUAACGCAUAGAGCAUAUGCUGAGAUUGUUGCUAAAAGGAUUGGGUGGUGGGGGACACACACCAAGCUUCCAGUAGGAAAAUGCCAGAAGGAAUUUUUUGAGAAUAAAUUUUUAUGAGAAUCUCUUUUCAGUAAAACAAGAUCCAUUCCAGAGACUGAUGGCUGGUCUCUCCACUGUUGCAAUAGCCUCCAUUUAUGAGGUCAAUGUGUGGUGAAGCCCACCAUCUUAACAACUUACUUUGUAUAUCCACAAGCCGAUGGUGGUGGGAACCAGUUGGUUUAUUCAAGGAGAGAGAGUCAAGAUUUGUUGCUUUUUUGAGAGAGCUAAGCCUAGAUCAAAUAAUGGAGGAUGCCUGGCAGAGUGCCAGUUAACCAGAUGCGCUGGGGGUGGGGGAAUCACUCGGGACCUAGAUCAGAGGUAGGUGUUUGCUACCCACACAUAGCUUUACUGAUUUCCCUGCAUACUCACAUGAUGUAGCAGCUCCAGUGCUUCUCUAAAUUCUCUAAAUAAAAAGAACACCAGAAACUUGGAUGGGGAAGAAAGGUAAACCAGAGAAGCUCAGGGGUGUAAUUGUAUCAGGGGUGUUCACAUUGGUGCCACAGAAGUUAAGAAAUCAAAAG